GGGAGGGACCGAGGCACAGCAACACGACCGGCGGAUGGGCUGCGGAGGUGGUCGGACACCGGUUAUCUGUCGACCAGAGGCGGCUGGCUCUGUCCCGGAGCUCGGUGAGAGAGUGAAUGAGGUUGAUGCUGCUGUGCUGCACCUGGAAGGACGAACGCAUGGGAGAGGAGGAAGCUGGAGGAAGUUUGCCCAUCUGCGCGGGAUGCAAACAGAGGAUCUACGAUGAGCAGUACCUGCAGGCGCUCAGCUCCGACUGGCACACCGUCUGCUUCAGGUGUUGUGAGUGCAGCGCCUCACUGUCACACUGGUAUUAUGAAAAAGAAGGACGGCUCUUUUGCAAGAAGGACUACUGGGCCAAAUUCGGGGAGCUGUGCCAUGGCUGCAGCGACCCGAUCACCACCGGCCUCAUCAUGGUCGCAGGGGAACAGAAAUAUCACCCAGAAUGCUUCACCUGUCUGAACUGCAGGACGUUCAUCGGUGAUGGAGACACUUACGCUCUGGUGGAGAGAUCCAAACUCUACUGCGGUCACUGUUACUACCAGACCAUCGUGACACCGGUGUCGCUGCCGGACUCGUCAUGCUCGCGGAUCCCUCACACAGUCACACUCCUGUCCAUCCCAGCCUCUGCCGAGGGCAACAACGGACGCAGAGGGCGAGGUUUCUCCGUGUCCAUCGACCAGCCGCUCAGCCCCACCGGCGGCUACAGUCCUGAACAUGGACCCACCAUCAGAGUCUCACAGGUGGACACAGAGUGCAUCAGUCCAGAUGUGAAAAACUCCAUUCACGUUGGAGAUAAGAUCCUGGAAAUCAACGGGACACCCAUUCAAAAUGUCCCUCUGGAUGAGAUCGACCUGCUGAUCCAGGAGACCAGCCGGCGGCUGCAGCUCACCAUCGAGCACGACCCUCACAGUCCGGGACCGGAGGGAGGCUCCUCGGAGGCUGAGGAUCGAGUGAACGGCCCCCUGACCACCCCUCUGUCAGAGGGCCCCAGCCCCAACCUGCCCAUCACACAGCCCCCCAUCCCCGACAGCCUGAGAUCCCGCAUCAUCACGCGGAGCUGCAGCAUUGAUAAGUCACCCGGCUCCAGCAACGCAGCAUCCCCCAUCUCCCAGAGGAAGGACAUUAAUCGAUCAGAGUCGCUGCGCGUCGUGUCCAAUCAGACGCACCGCAUCUUCCGCCCAUCUGACCUCAUCCAUGGAGAGGUGCUGGGGAAGGGCUGCUUUGGACAGGCCAUCAAGGUGACCCACAAGGAGACCGGGGAGGUGAUGGUGAUGAAGGAGUUGAUUCGCUUUGAUGACGAGACACAGAGAACAUUCCUGAAAGAGGUGAAGGUCAUGCGUUGCCUGGAUCAUCCAAAUGUGCUCAAGUUCAUCGGAGUCCUCUACAAGGACAAGAGACUGAACUUCAUCGCAGAGUACAUAAAGGGAGGCACCUUGAGGCAACUCAUCAAGAAAAUGGACAGCAACUAUCCCUGGAACCAGCGGGUCAGUUUUGCCAAGGACAUAGCUGCUGGAAUGACAUAUCUGCAUUCCAUGAACAUAAUCCAUCGGGACCUGAACUCACACAACUGUCUUGUACGAGAGGACAACACAGUGGUUGUGGCAGACUUCGGGCUGUCUCGCCUCAUGGUGGUCGACAAGCUUGAGGAGAAAUUCUCGCAGGGCACACUGCCCGGCCUGAAGAGGCCCGACCGCAGGAAGAGAUACACGGUGGUGGGAAACCCCUACUGGAUGGCUCCUGAGAUGAUCCAUGGGAAGAGCUACGAUGAGAGAGUAGACAUCUUCUCCUUUGGUAUCAUGCUCUGCGAGGUAAUUGGCAGGGUGAACGCAGACCCAGACUACCUCCCCAGGGCGAUGGACUUCGGCCUGAACGUGUCUGGCUUCCUGGAGCACUUCUGUCCCCCUGAUUGUCCCCCCGCCUUCUUCCCCAUAGCUGCUGUGUGCUGUGACCUCGAUGCAGACAAACGGCCUGCUUUCUCGAAACUGGAGGAGUGGCUGGAGAACCUGAAGAUGCACUUGGACAUUGGUCUACCGCUGGUGUCUAAAGUGGACCAGAUGCACAAGGCCUUCUGGGAGAACCACAGCAUUCCCCGCCCUGAAAACGGCCUGCACACCCACCCCGAGCAGCCGGAGUAGUCCUUUACACAACUGGAGGAGUGGGAAAUUAGAUGAACCUCCACACAGGCAGCGAUCACCUGCCUCAGGUGGAGCAGUGGCUGGAGCUGUAAAAACUCCUCCCUGUUUAACGCUGCGGGCGCAGGCUGGCUCAGGCUGGACGAGAAGACUCGGGGAAAAGGUGGAUCUGAAAAGCCACCUGUGCAAGACGCACACACACACACACACAUUCAAAGUCAAAUCAAGAGACAUUUACUACGAUAGCUUGAUUUUGCUGCACCUGAGGCUAAAGUGGAACAUGUCAUAUGCAAUCAGACCCAACUCUCAAAUCAUGACUCAAAUCUUGAAUCAGUUAAUCUAAUCAUUAGGUGUCAUUCCAUACACGAUUACUUAUUGUAUUGUGUAUAUUACUGUAGACAAAAGCAAACUUCCUCUACAUUGUGUGGUAUGUGUUUCCUGGUUUCUGUGUGACUUUGCUUUGAUUUUGCUUUUAAAACUGAGCUUCUGAAAAACGCAAAUGCCUCUCGCAUGUCGCUUAAGACACAAAAAGAUUUCACAUUGAGGUACAUAUCUUUUACGUUGUCCCCCAAUUUUAAUAGCCGUUAGUGUUUCUCACUAAAAUGGACAAUGAAAUGGCAUCUUAUACAUUCAAACACAUAAAAGUGUACAUAGCUGCCGACAUUGUAAAUGUUUUAAAUAUUGUAAAUGUAAAGACAUAUUUUAUAUACGUAUGCUACAUCGCCAUAUUUUUAUUGGCCGACCAGUUGAAAAUUAGGGAGAGUUAAAGGUUGACUGCAGUCAUAAGGGCACAGCUGAAAGAUUUUCUGUUUGUUUUAUCUACAUUGUCACCACUGUGGCAGGUAAGAUGCUUUUAACCUUUGAAAUAAGAAGAAUCUUAUCACAAAAUAUCCCCUACCCUCAGUUCAAGCUCAGUAAAUGUUACAUUCUGUCGUUUCCCUCCAUUUUAACAUUUGAUCGGUCAUCUUUUUAAUGCGCUGGAGUAAAUUUAACUGUAACACUGGAUUAUCUAAUCACAUCAAACUUGCUUAACUAAAUCUGCACAUUAUGAUAAACAAUUAUAUGUACUUUGAAAAUGUUUAAAGGCAAUCAAUCUGUUGUUAAUUAUUCACUCUUGUCUCAUCAUGUACUGUACAUUAGUUCAGGUGUGGGGAUAAUAUCACCAGGCCUCAUCGUGUCAGCUGUCUGUCCACAUGUUUGUCUCUCCUCCUGUGGAUCAAUCACUGUUGUUUACAUGUAAAUGCUAACUGUAAAUAUCACUAUAUAUGUGCGUCUGUCCUUGCAUUUGUCUGCGUGCAUUGCAUAAAUAUGCUCACUUCUCAGAAAUAAUCUCUUCCACUGUCAGAUUUCUCUCUGGCACCUUCUGACAUAAGUUUUCUUUUUCUGAUCAGAUCUUUUUUUAUGUUUUUUUAUUUCCUGCUGUUGUUUUCACAAGCUGCAUGAAGUACUAGCUCGGUCUGUUCAGCUUUUCAACCAAGCUCUUUUUGUCUCUAAAUGCUGUAAUUUUAAAUAAGAAAACAAAGAAUGAAAGAUUUUAAAAAAAUGAACAGAGAAAGUCAAGCUUAAAUUGAAAUGGGGGGGGAAAAAAACACAGCAUCUGUUUUUAUAUAUAACCACUGAUAUCUUUUUGUAUAGAUUUGAGUACUUUAAUUUGCACUAUAUUACCAAAUGGCUGGAUGAAGCCAUGUUUGUUAAUUUCCUCUCUUGGGCUACUUGUGAUAAGGAAAUACAUUAUCUCGGUUCAGGUUGAUAUAUGAAUGCAAGACACUGAUGGAGCCUUUCACCUGUAAAAAGGGUAUCUGGGAAAUUCAUCCUCUUGAUAGCAAACUGUUUCGAAUUAUCUAGAUGCAUUUGUGCAUGGAUCGACUUUUAAAUACGGCUUUGGAGCCUGCUGGACCCCUCUGUGAUCUAAAGUCAUAUAUCUAUAACUAUAUUUAAAUUUUCAAGCCUUUUGAAAAGUAUUUGCUACCAAGAGGAUGUCCCAGGUCUGCCUGCUGCCUACAGACUGGUCCUUUGUGAAUGAUGUUGUUUCUGACUGCUUGGUUUCGUAUGUGACGCCCACAGAGGCUGUAACCACUGCUGGUCUUUCUGAUAGUAGAGCACUGGCCUAUCUCACCUCUCACCUCCUCAUCACACUCCUUUGGCUCAGGGCCGUACUUUUCUCAAGCUUUCUUCACAACUCUGUUAAUUCAGCAGCUUACUAGGAAAGCAGAAUUCAACAGUAACAGUGAGACUUAAAUAGCAUGUACCCUAUUUCAAUGUGUAGGCUGAUAACAUAAAACGUGCUUCUGCAAAACCGUGGGCAUGUUUCUGCACACGAGUGGCUUCUCCAUGUUUCUGUCUGGCCACGUCGAGCAUGUCAGGUGUGUCUGUGAGGACGUGUUAGGAUCAAUGAGAAUGUCGCCGCAGCACUUCUUUGCAAAGGAUCGUUACCUCUGAACAUUGCUGUGCCUUUGUUGUAAGCUAGCCUUGCCAACUACUCGAAAACGUGAACUGAUUUCCUUUUAUAUGUAUCAUUAAGUGCAAGCCUGAUUCAAGUGGAUUGAAUAUCAUUGCUGAUAAUAUGUUGUAUGAAAUUUCAUCUUGUGGUGUGUCAUAUUUAUAAUUUCCAGAUCUCCAUUGUUAGUUUUGAUAUUUUAAUAUUAUAUUUCUUUUUUUGUCUUAUUUAAUUUUUUUUACACACAAGCUGUGAAAACAAUUCUGCACUUUAAUCCUGAACCUGAACAUUUAGACUCUGAGGAGGCGACUGUUUUCUUCUUUUUUUUUUGUCACAGCUAAAAAUAAAACUGUUGCUUCUAAACCAA